AUGGAAGGGAUCAAAAGAACCGCGGGCUCUGCUUUAACAAAAGGCCCUGUAAUUGACGACGUCGCCAACCCAGUUGUGACUCCUCAAGGGGAGCCCUUGGAGAUGCCAUUGGCGUCGGUAGAACAAUCGGCGGCAUCUGAUGGGGUGGAAAAAGGGGGUGCGCUGGUGGGCUAUCAAGAGCGACUUGUUGUGAGGCCCAGAGUGGCUUGGGCCGACCAUUUUCAGCUACUGGCGGCAGUCCAAGUGGGGGCGCAAGUGACGUGCUUGCACGCGGUGCAACAGGAGAUAGAGGAUGGCCUCAGCCCAUACGUCGCGGUCGGCGACAGCGACGGCGCCCUCCACGUUUUCCAGCCCACCGGACAACUAGUAUGUGAACAUUCUUCCGCGGCCCGCUCGCCGGUCACAGCCCUCGUUUCCUUCCCCAAGGGCCCCCUAGAAACGUGGCUGGUUUCCGGACAUUCAGACGGCGCGCUCGUACUACACUGUCUGGCGGAAGCUGACAUUGCGGGGGGGUCCGAUGACCCCCCUGGCGCGAAAAUCGUUUCCCACGGGAGCUUGCGAGCUGCUGGGGGGGGGUUGCGGCAGAGCCAAAACGAGCCGGGCGCUUCUGAGGGGGAGGCCAGGUCGCUGGUUGAGAAUGAGGCCCUUCUGGGGGGGUCGGAAUCCGAGGGCGAGGUCAAGAUUCUGCACAUGCUCCGGCGGGGAGGUUCGCAGCUCCUCUUAGCCGCUGACGCGACGGGGGGGUUGGAAAUCUUCGACCUUACCGAGCGAAAACGCCUCGGCAUUUUGUACAAGCGCUCGCGCAUCCUGGCGUUUCAAAAGCCCCUGACGUCGAGCCGGGUGGUGUUCGUGAGCAAGUCCGGGGUCGGCCGAGUCGACCUAACUAGAAUGAUGAUGCACCCGGUGGAGUGCCCCGGGCUCGACGGGAUCGUUUUGGAGAGCUUUGCGUUUGACGUGAACGGACGGUCCAAAGGGUAUGGGAUCGUCGAGGGGGGCAAGGAGAUGGUCGUGGUUAACGUGGGAGGGGACGGGCGGGGCGUCAACUGUCAGCUGCUGGCACGGCGGAAGGGCGCGUUCGAGGGCGCGACGGCGCUGCAGGCGAUCAAAGGUUACCUGGUAGCGCGUUCGGAGCACGGCGCUGACGUGUUCAACACGUCACUUCCGAAGUUUGGGGCAGGAAAGGCGGUCUUGGCGCGCCCGCUGUUCACAGUCCCCUCCGCCGAGAUCACCGCGGCCUUCAACUGGCACCCAGCCUCCUCCCCUCAGGAAUCACUCUCCGUCCCGCCCCCCUUCGCAACCAACAAGGACCGUUUGGUCGUCCUCGCCUUUCCGGGGGGGCUCGUUGGUAUGUACCGCUCAGAGCUGCCCCUCCCCCGGGUCCCGAACCUGGCCGCGAGUUUCCCGGGCACCCCUGUCUUCAUUGCGAUCGUCAUGGUGGCUGCCACGUGGCAGAUUCUCCUGCGCCGGCCCGCCAGGUCAGCGUCCGCCUUUUCCGCCGAGGGUCUCGGGAAGUGGACCGAGGACGACCUCCGCGAGUUCGUCAAGCAGCACGUCAGUGGCAACCGGGCGGAAUCCGGGCGGAACCCGGACAAGUCCGGCCGGAACCCGGACGGAAACCGCAGCUCGGGCUCGUGGCGGGAGUCCCCCUCGAGCAGCCGCGAGGGGAGCAUCGACCGGCCACGUACCCGGGAACGCAGCGUCGAGCGCCCCGGGGGAGAGAGACCCGGGGCGAAUCCGCCCCCCCGGAAUGUAGCCGCGGACUUUGCGCGUGCGGGAGAGAAAGAAAACAUCCCCCGGGUGCCUGUCAGGCAAGGCUCAGCACGGAAGGAGGACCCGGGGGGGGGCCUCCGAGAAACGUGUUGGGGAAUCUGCGCCCUGGGGCGACUGGUGUGAAUGGGCAACUAGAGUUGGUUCGGACGAUGUCGCUCCAACUGCCCCCCCGGCCGGAAGAGCCCCCCCUCAUGCGAACGCAGUCGCUGUCGAGCACCCCCGGCGCGACGCAGCGGGCCGCGAGCAUUAACACCGACCUAGACGCGUUUCUCAAAGAAGCGGGCUUCGGCGAUCUGUGCAGGACCGAGGCAACCAUGUCCCGGAGCAACAGCAUAAACUCGGAUUUCAGCAUGGAGGCGCUUAACACCACGUCGGUGUCGGGCAGGGCCCCGCAGCCGCGCUCGGCAGGCGGUGUCAAUCCCCCCUCGCAGCCGCGGUUUGGGAGCGGGUUACGAACGGGGGGGGGUGAACCGGGGAGUAUGUCAAUGCCCCACUUCGUUGCGGAGGAUUUUAGCGGCGAGUCGGGGGCGCCGCAG